AUGGCGAGCGCAGUGAUCGACCGGUGCGGGGCAAUGCUGACCAAGGGCGUGCUAGUAACGGUGCACGACCUGUAUGGCGGAUCGUUGCCGCUACGGACGCUCGAGGCGUAUUUGCACGCGGUGCGGCGCUUUGACGUGCAGUCGUUCCGCUACCGACCGCGGACGGACGACCUGGCUACUUCAGGCAAAAAGCUGGCCACGUUUCUAAAGAGCCAAAAGCCGCAUACGACAGACGAAGCCAUUCAUUUCGUCACGCACGGAUAUGGAGCUCUGGUGCUCCGAGAGGCGUUCCGAACAGUGGAUUGGAACUAUACGAAAUCCAAAGUGGUGAUGCUGGCUCCGCCCAAUCGAGGGAUUCGGUACCACAAGUCGAUGAAGCGGUAUCUCGGGGUUGCAGGAUAUGGAGGUGCGGCAGCAGAAGAGCUGUCGACGUUUAGUGCUAAGGCGUUGGACGAGCGGCUCGGCAAGCUUCCGCGAAGAUGCUACCCGUUCGUGCUUGCUGGGAAUCUCUGUCUAAACCCGUUCAAUCAGCACAAUUACCCGAAUGAUGGCCUCGUAAUGGUCGAAGAAACGACGAUGCCAGGCGAAUUUCGACACCAGGUUAUUGGUGCGCCGCACUACCUAUUGCCGUCUCACCCAACAGCCAUUGCGCUCACACAGUCAUUUGUUGAAGCCUGA